AUGCUGAUAAUCUGCUUGUUCGCCACGGUAGUUCUGGCUGAAACUAUUUUGAUGCCUCUUCAUGACAUUGGUUAUGAUGACACCAUACGUUGGUGUUCCGGUGGUAUCACGGGUGGCAUUCACAAUACACUGUCAAAGUUGUUUGGAAUGAAGAACGUGGAUUUGGCGAGCAUUGAAGAUUUUAGGAACAAUUACUUCAACACCCCCCCUGACCCGGAUCUGGUGGACCUGUCGGAUGUAACGAACAAUAUACUUAUGUUCAUGAGAGUACUCCCGGUGUUCAAUGACGUCAUUACCAUUGAAGAAACGGCCAGCCACGUUUCUACUGCUAAACCGACAAGCACAAACAUCAUGAACGUAACCACGGAGACCAGCACUCAGUCACAGAACAGUCAUCAGACCCGGAACAAUAGCGUACAGAUGGGUCCAGUACAGAUGGGUCCAGUACAGAUGGGUCCAGUACAGAUGGGUCCAGGAAAGAUUGAUGCGGGGCACCCCCGACAUCUGGCAGAGCGCCAGGAAGAGACCGUACCUCGUUACAUAAGGCCGAGCAAUAUGAGUGAGUACGCAAAACUAAAGCAGCUCUCGCAUAAGAUGUGUCGAGUGAUGGAUGCAGAGCAGAGAGUGCCUUCGUUGGUGGCAGCUGGGCAUCCGUUUACGUGCGCAUUUGUCAAUACUAUGUUUACUCACGCUGCGUGCGGUGACUAUGAGAAUGAGAAACCGGACCUAUUUGCGUCUUUUCCAGAAGAGCGCAUUUGUCACCUUAGCCGAAAAGUCAUCCAAAACGUUUCAAGGUUCGACUGGCAGAAGGAUGUGGUGAACCUGAAGCUUUACAACGUACUCCCCUCUCCGGAAAUGGAAGGGAAGCCUGUGGGAGAAAAGCCGACUGCGGGUGAUAGUUCGGAAGGCGACAAGUCCGAUGUUGGAAGAAAAAGCGAUUUUGCGGGGCCUGGACCGCCCCCCGUUCCGCGGCGGCUGCAUCCUUUCUUCACCAGCGCGCCCGAUGGGUUCCAUAACGCGGCCGGUGCAGGACCCGAUCGGUCGUCGGCACGGGGUCGUUCUAGCGCGAGUGCGAAGCAGGCCAAGUACAGGUCUUCCCCCGUGACGAGGAACAGCAUCAUCAGCAACAGCAUCGCUUCCAGAGAAUUCUUUACAUACCUGGCCCUGUACCGGUCAAUACGGCACCUGUACCAAGACAGCAAGGACGCCAUUCGUCAAGUCGUCGCCAGGUCGCCGACUGACGCGCGACCUUUUGCUGCUGCUGCCCCCUUCGCCCCUUCCGGCCCCGGGAUGGGCCCUUUCAGCAGCGCCAACGGUCCUUUCCCCAGUUCUUCCGGUCCUUUCGCCACUGCCAACGGCGCAUUCGGUAUUGCGAAUGGCCCUUUCGGGGGAGUUGGCCCCUUCGGCGCCAACGGGCCCUUUAGUGGCAACAGUCCCUUCAGCGGCAGCGGUCCUUUCAGCGGCAACGGUCCCUUCAGCGGCAACGGUCCUUUCAGCGGCAACGGUCCCUUCAGCGGCAACGGUCCCUUCAGCGGCAACGGUCCCUUCAGCGGCAACGGUCCUUUCAGCCCCAGCGGUCCGUUCAGCGGGAACGGCCCCUUCAGCGGGAACGGUCCGUUAAGUGGGACCGGCGCUGGCCCGUUUGGCACAGGCGGUCCGUUUGGCACGGGCGGGAGCGGGGGGUCAUGGCCGAUUGGCCAACAUGACUACAUUCCAGGUUGGAGAACGGAGCGUGUAUUAUCGUUGGUUGAGAGGACGCGUAAGUCGUCGGAGAGAAAGAGCGAGCGACAGACGUCGACGGUGUUGGUGGAUCAUUUGCACAAGUUGUUGAAGAAGAGUUUGGCGCCAACGCGUUUUGUGUUGCCACGGGUGACGCGUGAGUAUUUGGAGCAGAACGUGGACGAAAUGGUCGCCUUGAUUAAAGGUUCGGGUAUCGGUGAGUACCUGGAUCGCGAGAGUAUCAAAGGUCUCAAGAGAUUGGUUGUGGACUUGCGUAAUAUGAUCCAAGACCCCAUCGUUAUCUACAAAAUUAUGGGCGACCUACUGACCAGCAUCUCGCUGCCUUACGCCCAAGUAUACGCCGGCAAUCUGGCUGGCAAUCUCGCCAGCAAAAUCUACCCUAACUCCCUUUACCACAGCCUCGCCAACUCCAUGGGACUGGCGCCUAUCUCGUUGACAUCCAACCCUAUAAAUAACUUAGCAUCCAACCAUGCGGGUAACACUGGUAACGACUCCACCGAUUUUAGCGGACCCGACGCCACUGGUUCUGACGGCCGUGAUUCUGACGGCCGUGAUUCUGACGGCCGUGGUUCUGACGGCCGUGAUUCUGACGGCCGUGGUUCUGACGGCCGUGGUUCUGACGCCACCGGUUCUGGGGAGUAA